GUCAUUUAUUUGCGAGAGACAGUUAAAAUCUCUACAAGGCAGUAUACGGCUUCCAGUACGCAAAACAGAAACUAAGAGUUAUUAUGAGCCCUUGCCACUUAUAAUAAUAAGACUUAGGAAUUGAACAAACGGUUCUAAAGUAGGUCUUAAUACCGAAUACAAAAAGUAGAACCAUUUGCGGUGCCUUAAAGCGUAGAAGAACAAGUAGAAGGACGGAAGAAUCGUGGCGUAACAAAAACAGCAGUGUAACAAAGUGUCAUUAUUCUUUAAAGAAUAAAAACAGUACUGAACUUUAUAUUCGGCUAUAUAUAUAUGGUAUGUUUUAUAUUACUAGGGUUCGGUCAAGUACAUUGUUGCCAGUAUAGACGGAAUGUUCAAAGAAAGUGUCCCAGUAGCUUCGAAAAGAACACAUACAGCUCCUGCAGGUACAUCAGACGAGUCUGUACCCUUUUCAACUAUUGAAUUCUUAAUGCCUAUUUUAGCACUUUAUACUGCAAAGCACUCUGUCGAGGAAGCGAAAGUAGGCAUCGUGAACAACCUACAGCAGCUAUUGGAUCCGAACGGGUCUCAUCACCCCUCUAUCCAGCUACUGCAGCAUGAAAGCGAUGCCUACAGCCGCAAAACAUUGAAAGUUACGUUGACGCUUAUAAGCAGCGCAUUGCUGGCAGCAGCUGCAGCAAAAAAUCAGAGAGUGUUAGUUGCAAAGGAGGCAUACCGCGAAUGCUUUGGGAGCAUUUUCCCCGAUGAGAAGUCCAAUCAUGAACUUAUUCGUCAUGCAAAUGCUGCCCAAGCAUUCGUAGUUAGCCUCAACGUCUACGUUCUGGCAACACCAAAGGCGUUUCCACACAACAAACUGGCCAAUGUAAGAAUAUACGGUUUAGAAAAAUGGAUUGAAGUAGCUGAACUGGAUGAUAUUUUGAAGGUAUCAAGAUUGAGGAUGGUCAUGUUGUCGAGGUAUAUCAAUGAAGCAUUUGAGGAUGAAGAAGAAGAUUUGACCUACGAGGAGUAG